AUGCCCAGCAUUUUCUCCUACCAGAGUGCUGAAGUGGAUUGGUGUGAGGGCAACUUCGAGCGCUCGCCUCUGAUUGCUGAGUACUACAACACCAUCAGCAAUGUCAGCUUCUUUCUGCUCUCUCCUGCCCUGCUCCACCUGAACCGGCAGUACCGGCAGCAGCGUGCCUUGCCCAUGUACCUCGUCGCUGCCCUGCUCGUCUGUGUAGGUAUCUUCUCCAUGUACUUUCACAUGACCCUGAGCUACGUGGGACAGCUCCUGGAUGAGCUCUCCAUCCUCUGGUCCCUGGCUGUGGCUUAUUCCUUCUGGUACCCAAAGGUUUACUUCCCCAGGUUCAUCAAGAGCAGGAAGCAUUUCUUCUGGCUGAGUGGUGUCACCACCAUCAUCAGCACCUUGAUGUCCUUCAUCAAGCCAGCUGUCAACGCCUACGCCCUCAACUGCAUCGCCUUCCACCUGCUCUACCUGACCUGGCGUGAGCUGAAAAAGUGCAAGGACAGAAGGGUUCACCGGAUGGCUGCAGUCAUGGUGAUGUGGUGGGUGCUGGCCAUCAGCAGCUGGAUUAGUGACCGCUGGCUCUGUGGGCUCUGGCAGGCCAUCAACUUCCCCUACUUCCACAGCUUCUGGCACGUGCUGAUUGCCCUCUCCCUCCUCUACCUCUGCCCACUGGUCAUCUACUUUGAUGUCUGCUAUGAGAUGCCAUCCUUCAGGCCAAAGCUUGGCUACUGGCCCAGUGACUCCUGGCCCGUGGUGGUGCCCUACAUCACCCUGGAGGAGCCCCACAAGCAGUGCUAG